GAAGCUUGCUAUACGAGACGCCCUCUCCAGCUCCCUGUCUCAUGGCUCGAAAUAAAGAAUCAUUGCUUCUAUUGCUGGAUGUUGGUUCAACAAUGCACAAAGCUCUCCCAGAGAUUGAGAAAGUUUGCUCCAUGCUAGUACAGAAGAAGCUGAUUUACAGCAAAAGUGAUGAAGUGGGAAUUGUUUUAUUUGGGACUGAAGAGACAAACAAUGACCUGACAAGGGAAGUGGGUGGGUAUGAACAUGUGGCAGUCUUACGCAACAUCAAAGUUGUUGAUGGAGAUCUUGUUGAAGCUUUGCAACGGCUUCCUCGAGGAACUGUUGCUGGCGAUUUUCUUGAUGCUAUUGUUGUUGGGAUGGAUAUGUUGAUAAAGAAAUUUGGGCCAACAAAUAAGGGAAAGAAACACCUUUGUCUUAUUACAAGUGCACAAUGUCCUAUUAAGGAGCCAUAUGAAGGAACUAAAAAAGAGCAAGUCAAUACCAUUGCUGUACAAAUGACUGCACAUGGCAUGAGAAUGGAUUGUGUAGUUGUGAGGGGAAAGCUAAUUAGGGAUGGAGACAAGAAAGUUAUGGAUGAGAAUGAUGUUUUGUUGAGUUUAUUUUCAAAGAAAACAUGUGCAAAGACUGUGCAUGUUGAGACUCCAACUUCAUUACGCGGUGCACUUAGAACUCGGAAUAUACUUCCAGUUACAUUAUUCAGGGGUGAUCUUGAACUAAGUCCAAUGAUGAAAAUCAAGGUGUGGGUUUACAAGAAAACAGCAGAGGAGAGGUUCCCCACUCUGAAAAUAUAUUCUGAUAAAGCGCCUCCAACUGACAAAUUUGCCACACAUGAAGUCAAGGUAGAUUUUGAGUAUAAAAGAGUUCAAGGUCCUGGUAAAGUUGUACCUCCAGAGCAAAGGAUUAAAGGUUAUCGUUAUGGACCUCAAGUCAUUCCUAUUUCAUCUGCUGACUGGGAAGCGGUCAAAUUCAAACCAGAAAAGAGUGUGAGACUUCUAGGAUUUACUGAUGCUGCCAACAUAAUGCGACAUUAUUAUAUGAAGGAUGUCAACAUCUUCAUUGCUGAACCGGGCAAUACGAAGGCCAUUCUUGCAGUUUCUGCCAUUGCAAGAGCAAUGAAAGAAAUGAAUAAGGUAGCAAUUCUGCGUUGUGUGUGGAGGCAGGGACGGGGGAAUGUUGUUAUAGGGGUCUUGACACCUAAUGUAUCUGACGAAGAUAAUGUUCCAGAUUGUUUUUAUUUCAAUGUACUUCCUUUUGCUGAAGACAUCCGAGAAUUUCAGUUUCCGUCUUUUAGUAACUGCCCAUCAUCAUGGCAACCAAAUGAAGAGCAGCAGGAGGCUGCAGAUAACUUGGUAAAGAUGCUUGACCUUGCACCACUUGACAAGAAGGAAGCUCUGCAGCCUGACUUCACUCCAAAUCCUGUUUUGGAGCGUUUCUACCAUCAUCUUGAGUUGAAGUCAAAGUACCCAGAUGCAGCUGUGCCUCCACUUGAUGUUACUCUCAAGAUGAUAACUGAACCUGAUUCCGAACUCUUUUCUCAAAACAAGACUGUUAUUGAUGCAUUUUGUAGGCAUUUUGAAGUUAAAGAGAACCCAAAGCUGAAGAAAUCUACUAAGCGAUUAAUGAGUGAGAGGCCAUCUGGAUCUAAUGGGGAGAAACAGGAGUUUGGAGCUAUCAAUGAUGCUCAAAUGGGUGAUUCUAUUAACAAUACAUCCAUGGUUAUGGUUGAGAAAAUUGGGAAUUCGACUCCUGUCCAAGAUUUUGAGGCCAUGAUGGCACGAAGAGAUAACCCUGAAUGGGUUAGUAAAGCAAUCAAAGAUAUGAAAAAUAAAGUGUUUGACCUGGUGGAGGACUCCUAUGAAGGGGAUAACUAUGACAAAGCACUGGAAUGUUUAGUUGCUCUGCGCAAAGGCUGUAUCCUUGAGCAAGAACCAAAACUGUUCAACGAUUUUCUGCACCAUAUUUGUAGAUUCUGCCAGGAGAAAGAUCUUAACAGUUUCUGUCAACUUCUCGUGUCCAAGGGGAUUAUCCUGAUCACCAAGAGAGAAGCCUUAGACAGUGAAGUUACAGAAGAUGAAGCUAGAAGCUUUAUUGGUAAAACUGAACCCAAGUUUUGAGCGAGGACUCGAGUAGAUCUGCUGUUUAUUAAAAUGGAAUGGGCUCACUUCUCACCUACUCUAUUUGAAGGUAAGGAUGGGGACAUUGGCAAGAUUAUAUAAGCUGCGGCAACCAUCUACUCUGUGUGGAAGACUAGAAUUAUGCUCUUUAUGCAAAAAAUUUACAGGAUCCAGAAGAGAUAACAUAGAAGAUUGUUCAAGAUGUGAAACUAAGGAUGAUCUGUAUAAUCUUUAUGCAAAAAGUUUAGAGAACCAGAGAAGAGAACAUAGAAGAUUGUUCAAGAUGUGAAACUAAGAAUGAUUUGUAUGCUCUUUAUGCAAAAAGUUUAUAGAACCUAGAGGAGAGAACAUAGAAGAUUAUGAUAUGUAUGCUCUUUAUGCAAAAAGUUUACAAAACCUAGAGGAGAGAACAUAGAAGAUUGUUCAAGAUGUGAAACUAAGGAUGAUCUUUAUGCUCUUUAUACAAAAAGUUUACAAAAUCCAGAGGAGAUAACCUAGAAGGUUGUUCAAGAUAUGAAACUUGAGCCAUAGGCUACUGUUUUGUAUAUGUUUUCCUUCUCAAGUUCUUGAAA